AUAAGCAGUAUUGUAUUUUAGUUAUAAAAAGGCAUUAAAUCUUUAUAUGUCUGGAUAUUCAUCUUUGUCAUAUCGUAGACAAGCUUCAUCUUCUUUUGUUCCGAGUCAUUCGCAGUCAAAUUCUGCAUUAGCGGCGAAGAUCCAGGAAAAAAAGCAAGAAUAUGAGAAUUUGUCUCAAUUAAGGGACUUUUCAGCAAAGCUUGUUACGCAAAUGGAGCAGUUAGAAAAGAAGAUGGAAACAUUAGCGGGUGGUACAGAAGUUGUGGCAUCUGUUCUUGAAAACUGGCAAAAUGUAUUUAGAACUAUCAAUAUUUCAUCAGAGAGGUUGCAGAAAAAAACAGUAUCUGAUAAAAAUGAAGGUUUAGAUCUUCCAGAAACUUUGGUAAGAAUUCCUACGUCAUGAGCUUUUUGCAAUGGAUAGGUUGAAUCUUGUAAGAAUUGGAUAAAAA